AGCGGCGUUACGCUUGCAACUCGCGUCCAACAGAGUCCUGUCACUUAGUAAGCGGCAGUGCGCGGCAUCGCGCGUGGCAGGCGCCAGGCGGAGCACGGCCACCUGCUCAUGUGACAACACGGAGCGGAGCUAGGCGGGCGCGUCUCGUGCUAGUGGCAGGAUGCGGUGGCGCGCGCGCUCCACCACCUCGCGCGCCAAGGAGCGCGCGAACAUAAGCUUCUUCAUCUUCAUCAUGUUCUUCGCGGUAUUCGGAGUGAUCGUGCUUACGGAACUGCUGCUACUGGAGCGCCCGCCACUCGCCUCUUCCAGGUCCCGAUAUAGCGACGACGUGCAGGGAUGGGAAGCCAAAGGUGAUUCAGGCGCUGACGGCACGGAUCCACCGCCACCAGCGCACGCGCCGCUCGACGCUGUCUGGCAGCCAGUCGCCGGCACUCGGUUCAAAUUCUUCGUAUACUCCGCAUAUAUGGAGCGACGGACGGUGGGCGCGGUGCGGAUCAUAGCGGCGACCAAAACACGCGGAGCUGACACCGUGGUCUGUCGCUUGUGGCUGCUGGACAACCGUACGAUUACUGUCAAGGCUAGAGUUAAGCCUAUACGCGAAAAUUGGAACCUCAAAUAUAGUGCGACGUACGUGCUAUGUAGCCUGAGGGACACUGGCGUGAAACCCCAGGAGACUGUUGGUGCGGCAGUGGCGGUGAUGGCUAGCGCGCACACGCAUAGCGCGCCCACCAACCUACUGCCAGUGCUCGACACCACGCCCAAGAGUGGCAUAGAGGAAAACCUACACGUCUGUGUAAAACCAUUCCACUACUCGUACGCCAGGGACGACUGGCUGGUGGAGUGGUUCGAGCUGAACCGUCUACUGGGGGCGAGCCACUUCUACAUGUACAAUGGCUCACUGAGCGCUCCCGUAGCGUGCCUGUUAGAACACUACCGGCGAGAGGGUCUCGUCACGCUCUUACAGUGGAAACUGCCGAUAGUUUCUAAAGUAGAAAUAAGGACGGAGGGUCAAUUCGCAGCGUUUAACGACUGCCUGUACCGCUCCAUGUCCACGGCGGGCUGGCUGCUGGUGAUCGACGUGGACGAGGCGGUGCUGCCGCGCCGCGAGCGCACGCUGCCUGCACUACUCACUGCGCUGCGUGCCUCAUACAAUACGCCGGCGAAGGCGCCCUCAGCGUUCAUUUUUAGGAACGCCUUCUUUUACUUGCGGUGGGAGGACGACGCCGACGCGCCGACGCCGCUGCUGACGUCGCGGAAGACCCGGCGCUGGGCCGCGCCGCACGCGCUCAAGCACCGCAGCAAGUACGCCGUGCGGCCCAGCGACGCUAUCGAGCUCGGCAACCACUUCCUCUGGGAGAUGGCUCCGGGUGCUAGCGCUGUUGGGGUCGCCACUGACCGCGCGUUGCUACAUCACUAUCGGAUGGCAUGCGAAUUCGGAGGUAUGCAGUGCAUCAUGGUGCCAUCCACAAUCGACCGCACUGCCCACCGGUGGGCAGAAGAGUUGAUGGCGCGAGUUACUACGGUAAAGCAAAAACUAGACAAGAUCUGCCUAGCGUAGGCAACGGUGCAAGGCUGUCUGGGAACUGGUGGAAAACUGAUGUGCCGCUGGAAAGUUUCCGAAAUUGCGAAAUUUCUGCAAGAGAAAUUUCCGAAACUUCUCUUAUUUUUGUAUGGUGAUUGAAAACUCCUUAUUUAAAAGAAAUGUUACAUUUCACAUUUCACUUAAUGAGUAGGUGGUUUACAAAUACAAACAACCACAACACUUAUACACCACAAUACAUUUUACGGUACUUAUUUUUAAGAGAACUUGAGACACCCGGUUUACUUGCACUCUCCAAAUAGGUAUUGGUAGUAAGUACAUACUGAUACUAACCGAAGGGAGGAAGAGAUAGAUCUGCGAAUCCAAAACGCCCUAAGAUGCUCGGCAGCGCUCCAUCGAGUUUUAGUGUCCAAGCUGAUCAGUAGACCGACCAAAAUUCGAGUCUACAAGACUGUAAUUAGGCCAGUUUUGAUGUAUGGAUUUGAAGCUUGGACGCUGACUCAGAAAGAAGAGAACAAGCUCUUAGUGGCGGAGAGGAAAAACUGGCGAAAGAUUCUGGGGCCUAUCAGAGAAGAUGGAACCUGGAGGCGCAGGAAUAAUAGGGAGCUAGAGGAGCUGGUUGCGGUGCCUAAUAUAAUUGGCAAAAUCAAAGCCACACGACUCCGCUGGCUUGGUCACCUGGAGAGGAUGGGAGGGGAUCGUGCUGUGAGAAGAGCGUAUGUGGGGCACCCGGGCGGAAAGCGUCCCAGAUACCGCUGGAGUGACGAAGCCCUAAAAGACUUGUCCGCCCUCGGAAUACCCAACUGGCGUGAAGUGGCGCAGAAUAGGGCAGAGUGGCGCUCUCUUGUGUCGGAGGCCAAGAUCCUUUUUGGGUCACUGAGCCAGUGAAGUAAGUAAGUAAGUACAUAACUUUUUCUAAUAAUUAACGUAAAAAUUGUAUUGUGCCAAAAAAUUGUAAAAGGAAAAGUCGCAGUAGGCGAUAAUACAAAAUCGGAAAUUUAUUAAACAUGGCUAUUUAUAUAUUUAGGUAACACGCGGAGUCCAUCGUCCAUCGGUUCAAGGGCCACAGGGUCCGGGGUUGCUCAAGUAAACAGUAAUUCCAUCAAUUGCUUUAAGCUUACAAGAUUUUUAAACAGUUACGGGUAUCAAAUUAUCCGCUAUAUUUUCUUUAUUUGUUUUUAUAAGUUAGGUAGUAUCGACCUUUUUAAAAGUAAUUUGUAUUUUUCAUCACCUUCAUUCUUUUUUAAAGAGGUUUACAAUUCUUUAUGCAUUAUCCCCGAUUUUCGAAGAUGGCGGGGAUGGUGGAACCGUUUUACUUUAUGCAAUGUGAACAUAUAAAUUAUUAUAAAUGCUUUAUGCAAGUAGGUAACUUUAUUAAGCAAAGUAUGCUAACAUGUUUAUAUUGACGGAUUUUAACAAAUUUUGCCGGUUCCAAUAAUGGUUUUUUAAAUGACAUGCAAAUGGUAUUAAAAACACUCAGACCUGAAGGUACGUACCUGGAGUCAAAUAUUAGAUGUUUUUCGCUUUAUUGUAACGGACGAAGGUACAAAAGUUCGAAUAUGAAGUAAAGAUAACUCCAUCCAUCGCUGUUGUAUUAAACGUUAUCUGAAGACAUCCGACCAAGUACAUGUUAUUGCGCGUACGUUCCUGAAAACCCUCAUUUAUUAGUCGGUCGGUCGGUCGAUAUUCACAGAAAGUAGCCCGUUCAUUAUAAUAAUUCAUCUUAUAUAGAAACGAUUCUAGUCGUUCACAUGUAAAAUAAACUAAUAAUUUGUAGGUAAACUGUUAAAAUGGUCGUAUAACCCAUUCUCGUAGUUGUUCUAAUGGGCUUAAUGAAAUUAGGCCAUAAUAAGUAAGUACAUGUACAAAAUGCAUGAUCUAACUCGUGAACUGAAAUUUGUAUUCGUUUAAAUUAAUUAUUAGAAAAACUGUAGUUACAUCAGGCCUCGUAGGUAUAAUUAAUGCCCCAAAUAAGUUUCAUAACUAUAUACAUUAAAAAAAUAUAUUAAAGAGGACCAGCUUUUAAACAAAUUUGUUUUUUUUUUUUCAAAUGUACCUUGAAUGUAAUGUUGAUGAAUGUUGGCGUCAGCCUAAUAUUUAAUUUUUUGUAUUUGCUCAACAAGCAUUCUAACGAUAUCGGAGGACGUUAUAACUUAUAAGAUUAACUUGUGUAAAGGUGUGUCUACACACCAGUGUACAGCCAGCUGUACGGAUGCUUGAUGUCCUGCUUAAAGACUUCUGGUGCUUUUGGCCACUUUAUGAAUGGAUUUAAUCAUAAUGUGUUCAUGCAAUUUUGCAGCUUGCUGUACCUUCAUCUCACGUCUUCAAGUCGGCUUUUUUUUAAGUGCAAAUGACUACCACGGUUGUGUAUGCAACUUUAGAACUUAUAAUAUGCUAUUUCGCUUAGGGCAUGCAUUCCAAAAAAACUUGUCAGCUAUGUGUGAAGUGCGUGGUAGUGGAAAUACAAGCGAUAACGUCCGGCGGCACUAUGUAGUUUCAUGAAACAUCUUCGUAUUAUUUGAAAGCUAUCAACUGUCCGAUAACAAAUGUGCCCCAUAAGUAGAAGCACUACAGUCAUAUACAGGCACAAAUUUCUCAAACGGUAUUAGUCUAAUAUUAUUAGUGUGUUGGCAUGGUAACCCAUAGUCCCAUACGACUUGAGAGUUCGUGGACUAAUAAUAUUAUGGCCUAUUAUUACCAUCCGAGAAAUGGGCCACAGAACUACAACGCGAUUUGAACGGAGAUCCUUUAAGUACCUGCCUGUCUCCUAGAUUGUGCGUUCCUACAACUACAUCUGGUAGUAUAUGUUGGUUACAGUAGCAUUGCUUUAUGAAAAAAAUGUCUAACGUAACAUGCAAUUACCAUCUACCAUGGUUUAACAAUCAGUCUAUGAUUAAGAUAAAAAAGUUAAAACAUUUGGAUUAUAAUUUUUGAUUUAAUUUGUUAUUAUUAUCAUUUACGAUUGACAUACCUGCUGUAUUUAAAGAAUUAAACAAUAAUGGAUGUUGUGAUGUAGAUUCAUUUACCUAUUCUCAAAUAAAUAAAUAGUUAUAUAAUUGUAUAUCACUACACUUUAUAAAGCAAAGUCCCCCGCCGCCGCCGCGUCUGUCUGUCUGUGAGUCUCAAAAGCUGUUUUCACUUAUCAAUAAAGUGAUUAUUGAGGAAGGUUUAGGUAUAUAAUUUGUUAAGGUUUUGUGUAACCCGUGCGAAGCCGGGGCGGAUCGCUAGUAGGUAAUAAUCAUACCGUGUCUUCAGAAUUCAUUCGAAAAUGUUUCGUCUGUUAGGUUUUUCACUAAUCACGAGGCUUACCAUAGAUCUUGUAAAUAUUGUAUUUAGCCGUCAAAAUACAUAAGGCACGUUUUAUAUACUGAAACCUAUUAUUAUAGUAUCUACUAUGAAAUGAUGUUUAGCUGCUAUUGCUCUUUGUUAGAUCAUUAACAUUAGGUAUAUGUGACAUUAGAGUACCUGUGUAUAAUGUUUACCAUGCGACAAUAUCUAAUGACCUAUUGGAAUGAAAUCCCCUUAUUAUGUAUUAAAUAAAUAUAGCAAUAUCAAUGCUACAGUCUAACCGUUUCCAAAGAUACGAUUUUAAAUUAUCAAUUGAUAAAACGGUGGAAAUUACUGUUUUGCCUUAUUUAAAUUAAUAUCACAGUAAUUCAACAUGAUUCUGGUGUAUAAAAUGAUAAACUGGAUACCUAUAUUAAACGAAUUAUUUCGCGUAGGUAUAUAUUGAAUUUGAAAUAUCUAUGUACCUACAUAGGGUCUCAAAUGUCGGGAUGUACUAUACUAUGUACAUCCCGACAUUUGAGAAAUUUCCAGAAUUUGUGGUCACGGGGUAGAGUCUGCUAUCCCGUUAGCAGUCAUCCAUCUAACGUUCAUUACGUGCAUGAAAAUCUGUAUAAAUUAUUUUAAGACCAAUCAUAAUCAUAAUCAUUUAUUUGCACAUAAAAAGGGAAAAUGAAAUUAUAUUUUUCAUUUUUAGUUUUAAAUUGAUGAUUUUGUUUCUUUAAAUCUAUUAAUAAAAUAAUUAAGGUAUUAUUUUGCAGGGAGCGAAGUAUAUACUUAUUAUAUGAUACUUAUACAGUUGGGUCUAGCAUCCACCAGAGCUGAGCCAGAUAGCGAGGAAAAUCUACCACAACCAGUGCAUACGCCAAGAAAAACGCACGCACCAAGAAUGCUUCCUCGCAUUGCUGCAUAAUCUCGCACAGCUUUGGUGGAUGUUCAUCCUUAAAAUAAAUGACAUCGAUACCUGUUAUUUAAGACCUCGUGGUUUGGACUAUUUGCUCACCUAUUCAAUUGUCUACAUUCCUGUAGAUUUAAGAAGUUGGGCUGUACUAUUAAAACAUAUCAUAUAACUAUUUUACAUAUUAUUAUCCUAUGUUUAAAACUGCUUUAAAACUUUCACAUUGAAGGCUUUCACAGUCCAUGGACUAAAUGAAGUAUGAUUUAAUGGGGGUAUCCUGAAACGUUUUUUAAUUUCAUAACCGAACCAUUUAAGUCAGUCGGUUUGUCAGACACUUCCGGGGUGGUUUUCUAUUUCAUUUUGACACACACAAUCAGUCGCACAGUAUUCGUUAAAAUGCUCUACCGCCGGUUUUUAUUAGGGUUCUGUACCCAAAGGGUAAAAACGAGACCCUAUUACUAAGACUUACUAAGUCCGUCUGUCUGUCUGUCACCAGGCUGUAUCUCAUGAACCGUGAUAGCUAGACAGUUGAAAUUCUCACAUAUGAUAUAUUUCUGUUGCCGCUAUCGGUAUAACAACAAAUACAAAAAAAUAAAUUUGCACGGAACCCUCGGUGGGCGAGUCCGACUCGUACUUGUCCGGUUUUUUGUUGGAAUAUUUUAUAAACUUUCUUAAACAACUUAAUUGGUAAUCACACAUUGUCAAGUUAAUAUUAUAUACUUAUUUACGAGUAUCUAUUGGGAAUUAGUUGCUUUUUUUUAACUGCAUCACGAAUGAUACUACUUUUCUAUGUACAGUAAGCUGCAAAAUUGCAUGGACACAUUAUGAAUGGAUUUAGUUUAUAAAGAAGUGGCCAUGAACUUUUGCAGCUCGCUAUAUAAUCAGCAUCAAUAGUAGCGGGUAGAACAUUGCGCCAAAAGUAACUGCCAAGCUCUCAUAGUUUUAGGUACAAAUAGAGAUCACUUUUUGUAGGUAAACCUAUUAGAAUAUCCACUGAAUGAUCCACUAUUUUUAAUGCUGACUGUACCAUAGUCUAACCAAGAUGUAAAUUGUACAUCGACACGAAUCGACCCCAAACGAAAAGAAAAAUGUAUCGGGAUCACAGAUGCUACGAAAAGUCACGUGACUAUUUCCAUACAUUAUUUAAGAGUCCCCGGCAAGCUCUGUUCUCCAUACAAACGUAGUUACGCUCUCAUUUUAAAACGACUAGCUAGAUUACUCUGAAACUUUGUACAUACAAUAGGAUAAGGUAUAUCUAGGUCUGUAAUUAGUUUAUUUAGCUUCAGAUAACAUAGUUAAAAAAAUACAGCGAAUUUAAGUUUUUCAUACCAAACUUGUUUUUACUCUAUUUCGUUUGUUUUAUAUACUAGAGCUAUAUAAACUAAUUACAGAACUAGAUAUACCUAAUGUCGUUGUAUGUGCAAAGUUUCAGUACAAUCCAACACGUAGUUUUAAAACGAGAACGUAACUCCGUUUGUAUGGGAAGGUGAAACUCGGCCGAGCUUGCCGGGGACUUAAGUUUCGAUGGACGUUUUCUAUCAACGAUUGUAAUGUUGGCUAGACCCCAGGUAUAGUUAACGCUAUCUCUACUGAGCUCGUUCACUUACCUGUACUAACAAUGGCAUUCUGUUAAACAAAAGCCAUUAUUUCUUUUGUGUGAGCGCGUGGCCUUUGUGUCUGAGGCUCACACACAAUUGGCCACGCGCGCAGGCACAAAGGCCACGCGCUCACACAAAAGAAAUAAUGGCUUUUGUUUAGCAGAAUGCCAUUGUUAGUACAGGUAAGUGAACGAGCUCAGUAGAGAUAGCGUUAACUAUAUAUCACGCAGCGUUAGUAGCGAAAGUAGAUAUCAACGCAUAGUCAAUACUUUGUUGGGUUUGAUACUAUUACUCUUAAGAAAAGUAAACCGAAAGAAGUAGAUACACACAUAAUGUUAGCCCAAUUACUAUAGUCAUGAAAAUAUAUUUUGAACAUGAAUCAUUUUAUUUUACUUUAGAUUAUACUUUCGGUCUCGACUUAUUAUAUUGUUGAUGUUAACCACGAGAAGCUAAACAGCGUUUGAUAAGACACCAAACGAAGAUUUAGUGGCAAAAAAUAUUCUGUGUCUAUAUUUUUAUCUGUGAUGUCUAUUUUAGAGAAGGGUUGUAUUGGAGUCAAGGAAUAUCGGAUUUGUUAGCCGAAUAUUUAUAAAGGUCUUUUUUAAUAAAGAAUAAUAUUGACUAGAA